AUGCCCCCACCAUAUCCAUCAUUCAAAUUACCGGCUUCGUUACUUCCGAUUACUACCAUAAAUCCAGCAAUGCGACCAAAACGUUAUUCUAAUGUGUGUGAAGCCAAAAAAGCUGGUUCGAUUGAUUAUAUUCAAGUAAGAUCAACAAGAUAUAAAGUUUACUCAUUAUUUGAAAAAAUGGGUGGAAGUAUUAUGUUAUCAGAGAUACCACAGCUUUAUUUGGAAGAAUAUAAUAGAGCGUUGGAAUAUCAAGGAAAAUUGUCUUAUGCUAUAGAAAAUGAAUUCCCGGGGGUUUAUGAAUUUAUUCAAGCCCUUCCGGGGAACCAAACAGUAGUUAUUUUUAAAGCAAUUUGGGAAAAUGUUAAAUCAGACGUAAUUAAAGCCCAAAAAUGCGACACUUCAAAUGUAGCCGCACAAGAUCUAUCCUUAGAUCAUAAAACGCGUAAAGAUAAAAAACAUUCACACGAUGUGAUACAUUCUGAAAAUGACAGAGGGAGCCGUAGAAACAACGAUAAAAAACGAAAGGAUACUUCUCCAACUCACACAAUAUCGAAAAGUAUGAGAAAAAGUGAAGAGACAAAAUCCAUAAGGUCAUCAUCACCAAGCGAAUUUAGCAUUAAGCGAAUAUUUGAUGACAAAGAUUUUUUAAAAAUAACGGAACUUCAACGGGAUGUUUUGGAGCUUUUAUUUUUUUAUUAA